ACAUUGCUUUACCAUGCAAUCUACAACUUUCAAAACAACACCAUGUCUCUCUCUCUUCUAUUCACCACCACACCCAUAUCUACCUUCCCUACAAACCCUUUCUUCCAAUUCAAGUGCCCUAGACCUGGACCCAAUGCAGCUAAGUUAGACCCAUGUUGCACUUGUAGUGUAAGAGAUGAACCACCCCAACAUAAACCAGCUGCACCAGACAAAAGACUACUAAGCUUACAUAGGAGAAAUGUUCUCUUGGGUCUAGGAGGAAUGUAUGGUGCAACCCUUGGCUCAUCUAACAAGGUCGACGCCAAACCAGUGGCCCCACCUGACCUAAGAGAUUGCGGACCGGCGGACUUGCCGGCCGGUGCCACUCCGACAAAUUGCUGUCCACCUUAUGCCGUCAAAAUCAUUGAUUUCAAGAAGCCAUCUAUCUUUUCGCCAAUGCGGCGGAGGCAGCCAGCUCACCUCCUCGAUGAUGGCUACAUCGAGAAGUAUAACCGGGCUGUGUUCCUUAUGAAACAGUUGGACAGGUCGGACCCGCGGAGCUUUGCGCAACAAGCUAAUGUCCAUUGCGCCUAUUGCGAUGGAGCUUAUGAUCAGGUGGGCUUCCCAGUCGAGAUUCAGAUUCACAAUUCAUGGCUCUUCUUCCCUUGGCACCGAUACUACGUAUACUUCCAUGAACGUAUACUCGGAAAGCUGAUAGGUGAUGACUCUUUCGCUCUCCCAUACUGGAACUGGGAUUCGCCUGAUGGGAUGAGCAUUCCCAACAUGUACGUGAACCAACCAGCUCUCUACGAUCAGCUCCGUGACGCCAAACACCAGCCACCAGCAUUAGUAGAUUUUGACUACAACCUCCUCGACUCAAAUUUAACUAGUGACCAGCUGAUCACCAACAACCUCACUAUCAUGUACCGGCAAGUUGUGUCCAACGCCAAAACAGCUGAGCUCUUCCUCGGCGCACCCUACCGGGCUGGCGAUGAUCCCAACCCUGGGGCGGGCUCGGUAGAGACCGUACCGCAUAAUCCGGUGCACGGAUGGGUUGGGGACCGUACUCAGCCCAAUCUGGAGGAUAUGGGAACUUUCUACUCAGCUGCCCGUGACCCCAUUUUCUUCGCCCACCAUGCGAAUGUUGAUCGGAUGUGGACACUUUGGAAAGGCUUAGGAGGGAAGAACCGAAAGGAUUUCAAUGAUCCCGAUUGGCUGAACGCGGGAUUUCUCUUCUACGACGAGGACGCUAGGCUGGUGAGAGUGAAAGUGGCAGAUUGUCUGGACACAAGAAAACUGCGAUACGUCUACGAAGAAACCAGCAUCCCAUGGCUCACUGCAAGGCCUAAGGGGUCGAGGAAGAAACACAAGAGCUCGAAAACUGCCAACCAGUUUGGACCCGACCCGCGAACACUGACCUCAACCAUUAGAGCCAAGGUUAAGAGACCUAAGUGGUCUAGGACUCGGAAGGAGAAAGAGGAAGAGGAAGAGAUUCUAAUCAUGGAUGGGAUUGAGAUUAGGAGGGAUAUGUUUGUGAAGUUUGAUAUUUAUGUUAAUGUGGAUGGUGAGGAUGAUGAGAAUUUGGGGGGCCCAGGGUCACAUGAGUUUUGUGGGGCAUUUAUCAAUGUGCCCCACAAUCAUUCUAAGAUGGAUGGAGAUGGAAAGCCAUUGAAAAUGAAGACAUCCCUUAGGUUGGGAAUAACUGACUUGUUGGAAGAUAUUGAAGCUGAUGGGGAUGAGGAAAUUGUGGUGAGUAUAAUCCCAAGGGCUGGAAAUGGGGAGGAUAUAGUCAUAGGAGCGAUUAAGAUAGAGUUUGGAUCAUGAAGAAUAACAUCAACUCAUUAGAAUAUGAGUUGUUGGUAGUAUGAUAUAAUGAAGAGAUCUUGUCUCUCUGCAGCUUCCUUACAAAAAUAAAUAGCACCCUCAGCUUAGGGUCUAAUACCUGCUAAGUUUUUAAGUUUUUUACAUGUUGAAAAGUGAAGGUUAUAAAUGGACUUUCAUGUUAG